GCUAGCUACCUCUUUGCUAAGCAUAACCAGCAGCACAGCGACAAUAACGGUUUCGAGAUUCCAAACGCCAUUGAAAUUUCCACCUUCAUUCCGUUGGUCAACGACUUUGCCGCUGUUUUCUUUUUGUAGCAAAAUUUAAAUGACAAGAUUUGGUUAUGUUUCGUGACAGAUCGGAAGCUUAUUGAGUUGUACCUGCUGGGAAGCUUGUUUGAGACUGGAAUCAGUUUUUUAAAUACCAAAAGUUCGGCGUAAUCUGGAACAACCAAUUUCUAGGGUGAUGGGCAGGGAUACUGGCAGUCUACGUGUUGAUAAGAAGCCAAAUAUUGGAAAGGUGAAUUCUAAUGGUGUCUCUCGUGGUGGUACGAAUCAUACUUCCCCAAAACCACCAGGAGAAAGUGUUAACGUAAGAAAAAGUGAGGUUGAGGAAGGGCCACAAGUUGAACCAAGUUAUGAGAACCCGAACCCGAACCAAGAAGCCGAAGUUGUUAAAACCACUAAUCAAGAAGCUGUUUCUCCAAAACCUGAACCUUCAAAAUCAAGGGAGAAAAUUAUAACUUCUCUUGAGGAAAAUGUCACUGCUGGUCUGCAUAUAUCAUCAAACAACAGUACUUUCCAUUCCCCUAUAAAACCAAAGCAAUCACAGAGCUCUCCUUUCUCGAUACCAAGAGCUCAAAAAUCUUUUACGGAUAAAUAUCGUGAUGAUGAAGAUAAUUGGUCUCUGGCUUCAUCUGCUGCAACCUCACGGACGGUCAAAUCACGAGUAACGGUUGGAGUAGCUCCCUCUUUUAGAAGUGCCCAACGUGCUGCACAACGUAAAGAAUUUUAUUCAAAGUUAGAGCAAAAGCACCAGGCUCUUAAGGCAGAGAAGAUGGAGUAUGAAGCAAGGACCAAGGAGGAGCAAGAAGAAGCUAUAAAACAGCUCAGAAAGAGCAUGGUUGUCAAAGCAAAUCCCGUUCCCAGUUUUUACCGUCAAGGACCUCCACCAAAGGUUGAACUUAAAAAGCUACCUCUGACCCGUCCCAAGUCACCCAAUUUAAGUAGGAGAAAGAGUUGUGGUGAUGCCCCCCCUCAUCCAACCGUCAACGAGAAGGCUCUUUGUUCACGGGUACGUCACAGCAUUGGCACUUACAAACCCGGGAGUGCUACUUCAAGUCCAAUCAAGCAGACUCAGGGCCGCAACAUCAGCAAACCUACGGACCGCACCACCAAAAUCAAACAGGGCAAUGAAGCACCUAAAGUUACGCCUCUUAAAUUGUCCAAGGAGACCAACCCAGACAUCACGGUUCAGUCAUGACUCGGGUGAAGGUGAAAAAGAAAGUCGAAUUCCGCUGCAUUAAUGUUAAGUCAAGUUGUGAUUUCUGUGCUGGUAUAUUUCUGGUUGUAAUAGUAUAUAUCAUAUUAGAUAGACAGAGAAGACAGUGAGACACACUAAAGUGAUGUAAACUAUUUUCAUUCUAAUGUCUGUAACACUUGUCUUUUCACUUUCCUAAUUUGGCAAUUUUGAUUU